UGGAUAUUUGCCAUCUUUUUUUUUUUUAACCCGUCUUAUAAUAAGUCCCUCUGGCGUUACAUGUUAGGAUUUAAAAAAGUUAGAUGAGUUAUGAAACUAUUCAUCAAAUGUAAUUAAUCAAUGUUUACUUCCAUGUCAUGUUUUUAAGUUUAGACGUAGGCUAUACUUAUAAUUAGGCUAUAGUGUACACUUUGUUGCCAAAUUGGUUUUAAACUGGAAUAAAGGAGUAGCCCUACACUGUUGGCUACAGUCUAGAAUAUAUUUAUUUUGAUUAAAUGUUUGCAUUAUGUAAGUGAAGUAACCUAAAAACGUUAUAGUUGUUUUAUAAACGGAAAGAAAAAAAACGGAUUUUGUUGUUGUUUUGUGUGGCGUUGUAGCAUAGAGGAGAUGGCCAUGCGAAUAGCAGACUUAACUACUACUCCAGUCUGUCUUCUAAUGUUAAGGUACUCACUCUACCCCUGCUAAAUGUAUGCAUGUAAACUUUGAACAUCGCAAAGAGAAAAUCACUUAUAGAGUUGGCCUACCCUUUUUAAGUGGCUAUACUCUAUGGCAUAACGUUCCUACAUAACACAUAUGUUUCUAUUGACAACGAUUGCACAAUUGGUGUUGUCUAAAUUACCAAUUCAAACUUUAAAAUCCUAUUUGAGGAAAUACAACAAUAGGGGUUUGGAGUUUUGAUUGCAUUUGAAAGGAUAUUUCAUACCAAAAUGGAUGGCAUGGUUGGAUUUGUACGGGGCGCCUUCUAGUGGGGACAACGGCAAGUGAAUCAGCAAGUCAUUAAUGAAACAGAUGUUGUAUAAAGCUAUAAACAUGUUUGGUGAAAUGAAUACCAACUUUAACAAUUAUUGUCUUUAAAUCCCUAUAAGUAGAUAUAGAGUUGAAAGUGCAAGUUGGAGUUAAAAUAGGUAAGUGUGUUGUUGCAUGUGCAUGCAAAUAAUGUUGGGUAACACCCAGUACCACAGAAAGUACUUAUUUUUAUAUUCUCUUAUAAUUUUCUUACCUAUCUGUAAGAUAUAAAAUACAUAAAUAUGCUUGUUAUGGGGUUUGUACCAUACAUUUUAAGGGUAUUAAUCAUGUGUGAUUUAAUGUAAUGCUGCGAAUUUGAUUGAACAGCUUCCCAUCAAAUCAUAUAAUCAAAUAGUUGUAUUGCUCAAAAUGUUGGUGCAACCUGUAGCUGAUCGUAGCAGGUUGUGUGGUUCACCUAUAGGCUCAUGAGAGUUGUAGCUUGACAGAAUUAGCGUGGACCUAAUAAUAGUGCUUCCCAGCAUCGGUUCUGCCAGGGGUCCAGUUACACCUGCAGUCGUAUGUACUGCUAAUGCGUACAACAUGUGCGCACACACAUGUCGCUUUUUAGUGUCCUCUACUGGCAUCACAACUUUCUAGUACUUCUGUAUUGGUCCCUAUGAGUAUUGGUCCCUAGUAUGACUUAUAUGAUGGUGUAGCCUAUAACAGAAAAACGUUCAAACCUCUAAUAACAUAUUCCACAAUUUUAAUAAUAUCUUUAAUAAUAUUCACCUUAUUUUAUUUACAGAUACUAUGUACUCGAAAGAUGAAUCUAAACCAUACAGAAAAUGAUCAAAAGGGAGUUUCCAGACAGCUCUGUGUCAUCAUGCUCCACGAGGUGUCAGACUGUGUUCUCAUUCGUCCCCAGACUAGAGAUGCAAUCGAUACAAAUGACCAGUCAAAUGUCUUUUUAGCCCUAGUUUAGCACACAUAAUGAACCAGCAAUAGCAGUUAUCAUACGCGUUGUGUGAUUAUCUGUGUCUUAACGAUGGAGCUGCCAUCUUUAAUUAAGUCAAUCAAACUCAUCCCCAAUUAGUACCUCAGAUGAAGAGCUCAGCUGCACGUGUUUUACCAGGGUGCAAUAGCUCGUUCUACAGGCUACAACAAGGGCUGUCCUGCACCCUUAAGGUGUGCCUCUUACAGGGGUGGGUCCCAUUGUCAGCUCUUGGAAUGUGUGAAAUGCAUGGACAUUUUAUUUUGUUAUUUUUGCUUUUCUUUUUACUUUCAGCUGGACAAAGACAUAUUGUAAAUCAGAUAGUUUUCUAAAAAGCUUAGCCUAUUGUGACGUCAUACCCAUAGAUGUACUUUCGUGUUCGAAGGUCAAUAUAUGCGUCAAUUAUGAACUGUCGUGUAUAAAACAUUUGCAUCACUCCCUGUGAUGUGUCCCUGUGACGUCGCUGUCUCAGAGUCUAUUAGAUGUGUACAUUUGAAUCCUGUCACUGCUUCUGUAAGAGAUGUCUUCCUCUGCGGGGCCACUGCAAUGUCACAUUGCAGCUGCCACCCAACCUCUAUCACAACCUGUAUCAAGCGCUACUUAGUAGAAGUUGACUAGAUGAGUUACUGCUGAGGUUAAAUAUAGCACCGGCAGUAUAUCACAACGUUAAGGGGACAGCGAGGUGAACCCUUAGGGGUGAAGCCCAAGCCCCCUCAGUCACCACCACUUACCUUCGGGUCUCAGAUCGUGGACCUGUUAGUGUUACAAUACUGACACCAAGGUGGGCAUUCAAUUGAUACACACACACACACACCUUUUUCCUGCGCUUGGUGAUUAAAGAAAGGGUGUAGACUAAAACAAAGAAAGAGUUAACACUUGGGAGACAUACACACUGUGAGCGUGACUCAAAGACGCUAGUUUGCUGACUUGCAUCACCACACCCAAGAGCUACCCUGAGAGACAAAGGGAACGGUGAACAUUCUUGGAGGCCUGCCAACAGCCAUAAUUGUAAUGCACUCUGCACCUUCCCUACAUUAUUUUCAGUCAAUAGUGGUAGGAGGCAUGGAACAGCUUUUCACACUGAACUCCUGGCUACUUCAUAGGGCCAUGUCAUUGCCUUUGUUGAGACAUUCAAGCUCUAGAACACAAUUCCUAUCAAUCCCUUCCGCUCACUGAGUGUUUUCGGCGGUGGUUGCAUGCAUACUAGUCAACAAUGUGUUUUGUCUCCGAAGGAGCAAUGGCUGUUGUUAAUAUGAGGGAUGUGGGAGUUCUGCACAAAGGAUACACACUAAUUCUUGUUUUUUCACUCUGUCAUUGUCAUUAAUUAUUGAAUCAUUUUCAUCUCAUCACCCUCAGACAAAGACCAAGUCCUAAGCCGGUUGGUUUGGUUCCAACUUUAAAGGGAGUGAGAGUUGAGUGUGCACAUUAUUUCCCCAAAGAUAACUUUCUGUUGAAAUACCAUGGGGGAAAGAAAGUCUAGAAGUCAUCCCACUUGGACAUUGAGAAGAGUCCACUCCCAAGUCCACUCCCUGAUGAUACAGCUGUAAUAGGAUACUACUGUUUAUCUAUCUGCAUGGCCCUUCCCUUGUGUCAACACAGAUUGCAAAACUUAUAUCUGACUGCUGUGACUUCCCCUGGGGGGUACUGGAGACUGGAGAGCAUGUGAGCCAAAAUGUGGGGCACGGUUGGUCUGAUUGGAAAAGUUGUUUUUAAUAUUUCGUUCUGAAGAAAGAGACGAGUCAGAUUCACUGUGCUUAUGCAUUAUAUAUAGGUUUGCAUUCAUAUGCAAUUGUAUACACAUAGGUAUGUGUAUGUGUGUGUCUGUGUGCGUGCGUGUGUGGUGCCAGUAGCAGACCUAUCCGUUAACAAUGAGAAUUUGUCACAGAUGUGGCCCCUAGUCUACGUUGGUGUCGGUGUGAGUGGGGUGACCCUGUUCCCUUUAUAGCCCAGAGACUUUACAGCCCAACCCUAAUAACCAAUCAUGUGUAAGCCCCGCUGCCACGGCUCCCUGACCACACCCACCCUGGGAGUGUCCCCGCCCAGCCUACCCUGUGUGUGUGUGUGUGUGGGGAGCACGCUGCAGCGGACACAGCAGAGUUAGAGGAUCAUACUUGCGGGAGGAACACUUGCAGCUGACAUGGGCCAGAUACUGAGCUGGAUCCGGGGUCCCAACCGGGACAACCCGGACCUCCUGGACGUGGCCGUGGAGCAGCAGUCGCAGCCCAGCCAGACCACUCCCACUCCUGCGGCUCAGGUCACCACUGUGAAGCCUUCACAGUUUGAGACUCCACCGGUCUCACAAGUGAAAGCCACAGCUGCUGCUACACCUUCUCCACCCUCUGGCGCUGCCAGAGCCACGAUGUCUGCAGGGACAGCAGCAUCUUCAGCCCAGGCUAAGCCCACUGCUAAAGAGCCUGCCAAGAGCGCUGCACCCACCGCCAAGCCACCAGUCAGAGACACGCCUAAAGCUGAUCCUGCCAAAGCAACCAAGCCAGCUGGGGCUGUAACCCCAGCUGCUGCUGCUGCUGCUGCAGUGAGAGUGUCUGGGAAGGGGAAGCCGGAGGUGGCAAAGCCUGCACAGAAGGUGCAGGUGGAGGUCGCACCCCCGAGAGCCAAGGCUGCCAAAGAGGCACCUGCUCUGGACCCCUUCGAUGCCCUGGCCAGCAGCCUGCCCACUGUCGGACCCGUAAAGCCAGAGCCUGUUUACACUGGCCCAGAGGUCCACGAGCAUGGGGUCACAGCCGAGAAGGGGGUUCUGUGUGGAGAGAGAGAAGACACACUGCCUCCCAAUUACAGAUAUGAAAACAUGCCCACUGCCCCAGACGUCAAGCCAAAGGACGUGCCGAAACCCAUGAGCACUGACGAGGCCCUGGACUCCCUGAGCUUCGGCUUCGGGUCGGCCCCCAGCGCCCCCCCGCAGGCCCCCCAGGAGAAAAUGGAAAGUGUGGAUGCCAUCGAUGCCCUGUCCGCGGGAUUCUCUAACUUCGCCCCUCCUCCCCCUGCUUCUGUCAAGAGCCCUGCUCCCCCUGUGGACAAGAAGGCCAAGAUGGACGCCAUCCCCGAUGACUUCUCUCUGAUGGGCGCGCUUUCCUCCCCGCCUCCUCCUCAGAAGUCUGCUGAGCCAAAGCUCAAGGCACAGGCGCCUGCUGUCCCAGUAGCCAAGGCACAGGCCCCUGCUGUCCCAGUAGCCAAGGUACAGGCCCCUGCUGUCCCAGUAGCCAAGGCACAGGCACCUGCUGUCCCAGUAGCCAAGGUACAGGCCGCUGUCCCAAAAGAAACCAAGGUCGACUCGUUUGAUGAUUUCUCUCUGGACCCCUUUGCUGCUCUUGGAGACACCCUGGGAGCUCCAGAACCGGUGCAAGAACUUCCUGAGCUCAGACCUGAGGACAUUGUUUCGGAGGCCAAACUGACGGUGGAAGAGGGCGUGUGGACGGGAGUGAGAGAUGACACCCUUCCUCCAGAGUACCGCUUCUCCGAAGCCAAGCUCAAAGACCUGCCGGCCCCCAAACCAGAGCCUUCCUUGGCCCCUGGGGAGGCCCUUGACUUCUUGUCCGGGGACUUCGUGACUCUCCCCGCAGCAGCUCCUGUCGUCCAGGCCCCCGUUUUGGCCCCUUCAGCCCCGCCCGCCCAGGUCACUGUGGAGGAUCUGUCAGCGCUGGACGCCCUGGACGCCCUUUCUGGAGAUUUCAUGACCCAAACAAAGACCACUUCUGUCCAGGCCCCGCUCCCAUCCCUGGCCAAGAAGACCCCAAAAAAGGAUUCAGCCAAGCCCAACACCACUGUUAAGGUCCCCUCCCAGAAACCAGUCGAGGAUGACUUCUCUCUGGACCCCUUCGCUGCCCUGAGCGACACCCUGGCAGCCCCUGAGCCGGCCCCUGAACCCCCCAAGCUCAGGCCUGAGGACGUUGUCUCAGAAGGAAAAGUGAUUUCCGAAAAGGGCGUGCGGGUGGGAGAGCGGGAUGACACCCUCCCUCCAGAGUAUCGGUUGUCAGGAGACAAACUGAAAGACCUGCCGGCCCCCAAACCGGAGCCUACCAUGAACACAGGUGACGCUCUGGACAUCUUGUCGGGAGACUUCCUGAGCCCAUCCCUGGCUCCUGCUGUCCAGGCCCCCGUCUGCAGCCUCCCAAAGCCUCCGGCCUAUGCAGAUUUUGACGCUCUGGAUGCCUUGGCGGGGGACUUUGUCACCAACGCCGUCGUCGCACCUGCAGUCAAGUGUGCCACCAGUCAACCCACACAAAUCUCUCGCCAGGUGUCGGAGGGAGACACCAGUGCCAUGGACGCCCUGUCAGACUCCCUGAUGGACAUCACCCCUGUGCCAGAGCCUGCCCCCCUGCCUAUGAAAGACAUUGCCAAGGAGAAGAAGGUGGUGGAGGAGAGGCUGAUCCUGAUGGGCGAGGACGACAGCACGUUGCCCCCCGAGUACCGGCCCACCGAGGAGGACAUCAAGAUGGCAGCGGCUGAGGCCAAGAAACCCAAGGAGAAACCCAUGGGUGACGCUGCCGCCCUCGAUCUGCUGUCCGGUGACUUUCUUCAGGCUCCCAGCGCCCCUGCAGCCGCUGUUGCACCCGCCGCUGCACCCGCCCCUGCAGCCGCCGUUGCACCCGCCGCUGCACCCGCUGCUGCAGCCGCUGUUGCACCCGCCGCUGCACCUUGUUUUGUAGCCCCCCCAGCGACGCAGCCAUUAGUGCCCGACACAGAGCCCCUGAAGCCCAUGGCUGGGUCGGCCCUGGACUCCCUGGCUGGUUCCCUGCUCCCUGACGCCAUUAAGACCACAUCUAAGGGGGAAAAGCCCAAGAAAACAACAGGGCCUUCCCUGGACUCUUCAUCUGGGAACGCAGACGCUCCUGGAGCCAAGAGCAAGGGGGAGAAGGCCCAGGGCAAGAGCAAGUCACGGUCAAAGUCAAAAAAACACCAUGCUGAUGAUCCAUCUCCCAUUGACCAGCUCGCCGGUGAUUUCCGCACAGAUGUUAUGUCUGUGAAGAAGGGAGGCAAAAGCUAGACCACUUGAGUCAUGCUGCAAUUAUUCUACCCUAUACCGCGAUUGUGGGAUCGACACUCUAGAUUAUAAAUCUAUUUUUCUAAGUGAUGGAGAAUGUAUACUGGAUGACAGCAGAACCCUAUGCCUACACAGCAUGCUUACCCCCUGACACACAAACAUACACACACACACACAAACACAAUUGUAAACACCCUUACACAUACAUACACACACAGAAACAACACUGUGUGCAACGCCUUACCUGCUUAUUUUCAUGUGUAUUAAGAAAACAAGAAGAUUGACGAUUUAUUUCCCCUUUGUGUGCAAUUUGAUAAAAACUGAAAUGAAUGAUAGCCAGAGAACGUUGGCCUAAAUUAGAUGAGUUGGGACGGUUGAUAUAUGAGGGCGAAGGGAUGGUGAGGAUUAUAUAGGGGAAGUCUUUUUUUAAAGAAAACAAAAAAAUGUUUUGAUCGUCUGUCGGUCCAUCGAUACAAAGUCAGGCGAUGCCCAUCAGCAUUGGGACCGGGCACCACAGCUGCUGGUGCCACCAAAAACAAACUAAAGCGCCUCGAUGCCAUGGUUUUGCGGCGACGUCUCCAUGUCAGAGAGGGGGCGGUAAGGGCCUUCAGCUGGUGUGAGAGAGUGGCCUCUAGUGGUGUGUAUAGGGUGUGCAACCUGAAUGCGCACAGACAAGUAGCCCAGUUAUUAUGUGGUUGAACGCAAUUGAGACACUAGUGUACAGCUUACUUUGCUUAAAUAUAUUGAUGGAUAACAUUUAGUUUACAAUAUUAAAGACACAUUUAUGAAAAAAAAGGGUUUACAGGAUGUGGUCUGCUUGAUUCUGUUCCUGAGAACGUUGUGUGAAUGCUGUUCAUUUUCUGUAAAGCAAUAAUGUGUGUGUGUGUGUGUGUGUGUGUGUGUGUGUGUGUGUGUGUGUGUGUGUGUGUGUGUGUGUGUGUGUGUGUGUGUGUGUGUGUGUGUGUGUGUGUGUGUGUGUGUGUGUGUGUGUGUGUGUGUGUGUACUGCUUUGGAGUAAAAUCCUAUCUGUAUUCAAAAGUGCACUUAGAACCAAGGUAGUUAGAAACUCUACACACUGCCUUAGUUUUUAUACUGUAGUAAAGGGAGAGAUGUUGUUGUUAAUAUACCACCACUGUAUCGUUCACUGGGUCCAAUCCCAGCUGAUGUUCAGGAGGUUCCUUGUCGAAUAUGUCAGUUUA